GGAAAUGUCUUUAAAUUGUGCCAGGAGAGGUUUAGUUUGAACAUAGAUAGGAUAGGUGUGGAAAUUUCUUCACGAAAAGCAUGGUCAGGCACUGUCACAGGCUGCCCAAGGCAGUGGUGGAAUGCCAGCCCUGAAGUGUUCAAAAAGCCCUGUGGAUGUGGCACCUGGGGACAUGGUUUAGUGGUGAUGGUGCUGCUGCUAGGGGAAUGACUGGACUCAAUGUUCUCCGAGGGCUUUUCCAACCUUUACAGUUCCAUGGUUCUAUGAUUCUUUAUAUCCUGGCCCUAAUCCCCCUACAAGUGGGAUGCUCAGGUGUGGAUUUGCUGUCGGAUCAGUCCCCCUUGACACCGUGUGGCCACAGGACAGCCUCUGGGGUGAGACCAUGGCCACAUCCCACCAUUCACCUUUGCUUUUCUAACAAAAAUUCUGGAAUUAAUCAGUCCUGGGGUCCUGUAUUCAUUUUUUUGGUUGCAUUAACACAUUUUAGGUGGCGUUUAUUUUGUUGGUUUUGGUGACCUUGAGAUCAUUCCAUUGAUGCUCUCAGGGAAAGAUGGAUGUUUUCAGCAGAAAUAGGUGGAUCUGGAAGAUUUUAGGCGCUUGAUGAGCAGGCACUGCAUGAGCAUUGGUGGGAUUUUUCUGUUAAAAUUAGCAGCAGUGAAACAGUUGACUGUGAUGACAUUUGAUGUUUCAAUCAGUCUAUUGAAAUGAGUGAGGUGGAUGCACGACAAGUCAUGGAUUUGGGAAUACGAGACACAUUAACAUAACAAUAGUUGAUCAGCUGGUUUUCAACUGUCAAGAUAUUUUGUACAGCCUGAAAAUCGUAUCAGAGUCUUCUCUGCCAUGUCUCCAGCAUCCAAAGGGCAGAUCAUUUGACCUGAGCUAUAGCUAGGGUAGUUGGGUGCAUGAAACUAUGUUAAUUUAAAAAGUUGGGGAAGGUGUAAGAGGAAAAACUCGCAAACUAGAGAAGAUAAGGGUGAGAAGUGUUUCUGUUCCAUGAGAAGUUUUCCCAGAGGAUUGUGGCUAUCUUUAAAAACAAUCUCAGUGAAAAAUAAAUGUGUGUAUGAAGAGUCAGUUGACAGUUCCUCUCUGAAAUUUCCAGUGGAUGGACAGACCUUUAAGGACAGCUGUGCACAGACACUGAGAGUCCUUCACAGCAAUACUCGCAACAACUGUCCCUCCUUCAGUAGGAAAAACAUCACAGAGGCUGCCUUUGAUGUUUUGGCUUGGACUGAAUUUUCCCUUUUACUGCAAAACUGCAAAGUACAUCCCAAGGCUUCCCUCUCCUGAGGGAUUUUGUUGGCAGUGUGGUGCUGGAAGCCCAGUGUUUGCAGGUGCUGAAAGCACCCAGCACUGGCCCUCACUGCCCCAGAGAUCCUCCAGUCCCCAGCAAGAUCUGGAGGCCACAGAGGGACUUCAUUUCUCCCUCUCUGACCUGAGGGAUAACCUCAGAGACCUGGAGUCUGUGAGGAAGCAGGAUCUCAGAAGAAUCAUGGAAUCAUGGCAUGGUUUGGCAUGGAAAGGACCUUGCAGACCAUCUCAUUCCACCCCCUGCCAUGGGCAGGGACACCUUCCACUAUCCCAGCUUGCUCCAAGCCCCUUCCAACCUGAUCCUGAACACUUCCAGGGAUGGGGAGUCCACAACUCCCCAGUUUACCCCACUAUAACCCCAGAGGUUAAUCACUCCCUACAGCUGCUGCUCCAUCCCUCCAUGCUGUAGGAAAUUGCCAGGUGCUGAGCUUUACUGGCUCAGCUCUCCUGUACUAAGGGAGAGGAAAACAAAGCCACCAGGCCCUUCCUGCUGCGCAUCCUCCCUCUGUGUUGUAAAUACCCUCUGUGUUCCCUUUCCAGCUGACUGGGUCCCUCGAAGAGGAGCAGCCUCGGGGGCCUGCGGAGUUUUCACAUCCCUAACAAAGCACUGAAGGACAGGAAAGGACAAGGGGGGCCGGAUGCCGCCUGUUCUGCGCCAGCGCCCUCCUUACUGCAAUUAUAUCCCUGGUGUAUGUCCCUCCAGGGUCACUGUCAUGGUACUGAAGGUGUUCUUUCCGUCGUGCUGCUCCUCGGCAGACAGCGGCAUUUUGAUCGGCCGCUGGAUCUCGGAGCAGAACUCUGCUGUCAUCCUUGCUGUGGUGCACUUCCCCUUCAUUCCUGUCCAGGUGAAGCAGUACCUCGGGGAAGUUCAGCGUGUGACUAAAGUCAGUGUUUCUGUGCUUGGCUCAUGGAGCAACAGCAAACAGGAGAAAGAAGAUAGUCUGAGUGAGUUCCUGGAAGACCUUGGGACCAUAUUCUGCCAUGAGCCAUGGAUUCAGAUAAGCAAAGAGGGCGACAGCAAAUUCUGGAGCUGUUCUACCCUUCAGAAAAACUCUAAGAACCCUCAGGAGGAAGAAAUCAUCUUGGUGUACUAUGACCAGCGCAAAGUCAUGCUUUCCCAUCUGCACCCCCCUUUGGACACAGCUGGCCAGAGGGCAGAGGAUGCCUCAAAGCUCUCGGCCAUCUUUGACACGGUGGCCAGGAGCCGGGUCCUGUUCAUGACCGACAGGUACGACGAGGGGCCCAUCAAGCUGACCCACUGGCAGUCGGAUGGGGUGGAGGCCAGUAUCAUCGUGGAGCUGAUGAAGCAGGCCUCCGUGCCUGCCUGCAUGCUGCUGACAUUCCUGCUCUCACUGCUCUCUGGGAUCUGCAGGAGCAGGGUGCUGAAGUUUUGGCCUUUGUCUUUCUUGUGGAGCAAACUCUCAACUUGUGAGCAGCUGGGACAUCGCCUGCAGCACCUCCAGGUCAUCAGCAGCACCAAGAAGGCUCAAAGCCAAAAUCACCUGAUGAGGAAAGCCAACAUCUUUGUCUCUCUGCUGAUUGAUGUGGCCCUGGGGAUACUGCUGAUGUCGUGGCUGUACAGGAAGAACCGCAUUGGUCACCUUGCUGACACUCUCAUCCCUGUGGCUGAUCACGUGGCUGAAGAGCUGCAGGACCUGCUCCAGUGGCUGAUGGGAGCACCAGCUGGACUGAAAAUGAACCGAGCCUUGGAUCAAGUUUUGGGCCGCUUCUUUCUUUACCACAUCCAUCUUUGGAUCAGCUACAUCCACCUGCUGUCCCCCUUCAUUGAGAUGAUCCUGUGGUACGUGGGGCUGUCGGCUUGUCUGGGCCUGACCGUGGCUCUCUGCAUCCUCUCUGACAUCAUUGCACUCCUGACCUUCCACAUCUACUGCUUCUAUGUCUACGGGGCCAGGCUCUACUGCCUGAAGAUCUACGGCCUGUCCUCUCUGUGGCGCCUGUUUCGGGGCAAGAAGUGGAACGUGCUGCGGCAGCGGGUGGAUUCCUGCUCCUAUGACCUGGACCAGUUAUUUAUUGGCACUUUGCUGUUCACAAUCCUGCUGUUCCUCCUGCCUACAACUGCACUGUAUUAUUUGGUGUUUACCCUGCUCCGGUUGCUGGUGGUGAUUGUGCAGGGCCUCAUACGCUUGCUGGUGGACCUGAUUGAUUCCCUGCCUCUUUAUUCCCUCAUCCUUCGCCUCUGCAGAUCCUACAGGCUCGCAGAUCAACCCCCUCUCCUACGGAGGUGUGGUCCAGACAUACAGACUGCCCACCUACAGCUGCUACCCCAGGGACUCCUGGGCAUCUCUCUGCAAGAAACUGUUCCUUGGAGAGCUCAUCUACCCUUGGAAACACAAAGGAGAGAAGCAGAACUAAAGACAGUGGAAGAGCUUGAGAACUUGACCUGAAAAACAUACUGACUCCUGAUGCUUUGGGACCAAAGGCUUCUCAGAGACAGCAACUGCACCAUCCCUUUAAAUAGAUUUUGGUAACAUAGGAAGGGCUGAAUUUUUAAAGGCAAGUAUUUUUAAACAUUAUUUUUCAACUUUCUCUUCCCCUACACUGUGUUUGUAUAUUAUGCUAAUGAUUAUUUUGGAAGCAAAAGAUUAAACCCAUCAGUGCCUCAUGAAACCAGCGCUCAGCAUCAUGGAGGAAGCAGCUCCCAAAUGGUUUGGUGAUGAAUUUCUCCUUCCACAUCAGCUCACAGGGCCAUAGCAGAGCCACAGUGCUGUGGUGCAUUCAGCCAGAGGGUGUUUUGGACCUUUUGUGCUUCAGCCUUCAAGCCAGCUGACCAAAACCAUGUGGAGAAUCAGCUCAUGGAGUCCUACACUGAAAACUGAACAGCUGGGUGUCUGAAUUCAUGGGAUAUUUAUUAAUUUCUUUUUAGGAGGGCUUGCAGUCACCCCCACUGCAGCACCAGAGAAGGGGUUGAAAGAGUGAGGCUGGAGGCCCAGAAGCACAGACUAGUUGGAUCAUGACUCUGGGAUUUCUCUUAGGGGAGUUUUCUGCUUUGGAUAUGUUUUCAAAGUGCAGCACUGCUUGGCUUUCCAUGUCCUGGUCUCAUUUUGGUGUGUCUCCUAUUCUCUCUCUUGGAAAGGGUGCCUGUGCACUGGAGGGUGAUGUCCCACUGGGCAUGCUGUGGUUGUGUGUAAUUUAAAUAGAGUCCUUACCCAAAAUACACUUCCUCCAGCUCUGCUUGUUCCUCUGCCCCAGCUCAAGCAAGGAGCCAGUGUCACUGUACCCUGCUUUUUGCACUGGCAGGUGAGGGCUGUGCUGGAUCCUGCUCCUUUAUCCCUGGCUGGCCAAGGAGCCAAGGAUGGAGGAGGAAAAGGAGAAGGUGCUGUGGCUGCAGUGCCCAGCCCUUCUCUGGAUGGCUGCCCCUGCAUUGCAGUGGGUGUUGGCAAGGCAAGGUGUCCUGGGGCUUUAGGAGCCUUCAGCCAGCACUGCCGGGGCAGGGUAAGAGUUUCCUACCCCAGCCCUGUGUCUCAUCCAUGUGCUGGCAGCUGUCACAGAAGGGUUAUGGCCCCCCUGUUGUAAGAUGUCCCUGGCCAGAUGUAUUUGGGUUGUCUGGAGCUGCUGAAAGCCCCUCGUGGUGCAGUCACUGCCUCUCCAGGCAUAGCCUGAGCAGGAGAAAAGGAAGCUCUGCAGGCAGGUGCAGGGUCCAGACAUUCCUUAGCAGGCAAAGCUCCAAGGCCUUCGAGGUUUCUUAGGGACAUGUGAGGGAGGCAGGACUACAGGGGCACUACAUGAUGCCCUGUCACCUUGAGCCAGGGCACAUCACUGAAGAAAGCCAGUGUGGCAAACCCCCCUCACCAUCUGCCACCGCAGGCUCUGGCUGGGACAUCCCUGCCAGAAACUGGAGAGAUCUUGUUCUUUGAUGAUCCGUGCUUAAAACUCCUGUGCAGCAUCUUCUUGUCUUGGAAUUAUCUCUGCCUGAGUAAUUCUCUGCACUCCAGGUGGGAAUAACUGCAAGCUAACCCCUGAUGCAUUUAGUGGAUGAAUGGUGUAAAUAACAUUUUCACUUCAGCUGAAGUCAGAGUCAUGAGCCCCAUCCUCACCUGGCACUGAGCAGAGCAGGUUUACACUUUAACUCCCUCUCAUCUUUCCACUGGAGCUCGUAAAUGAUAUCCCCUGGUUCCUCCCAUGCCUGCACAGUUCAGUUUGCUGACUGCUGUGAGAAACUUUGUAUUUUUGGUCUUGUGAAAAUAAUGGUUUUAAUAUCCUGACUUUUAAAAUCUUUCUGUGAGACCAGAUAGUUCAUGAUGGUCCUAAUCAUGGUCCUUUGGGAUCAAAUGCCCUGAAAGCCCCAGAGAUAGCACAGAGCCAUGAAAACCAGCAACUGUGACCUUGCUAUUGGGAGCCUGAUGGAUGUUUUAGAUGUUCCAGUGUUGGGUUUGUUUACUGAAGGCUGAUACUGACUCUGGGGUGGGGAAAUAUCAAGCUCCUCCUCAAAGCUGACAUCCCGAGUCUUCUGCACCAGGGAACCUUGAGCAGCCCAGCUGGGCAGUGGCAGCUCCUUGUAGGUGCAGUUCUCCUGUGUCACCUGGAGCUGGUGCCUGAGCUGCCUCUGCUCCUCACACUGGGCGUUCUCCUUGCCCGUGAUGGUAUCUGAGUUCUUCUGCUGGAGGUUUGCCAUGUCUCUCCUCUUCCUUUCCAGUCCCUGCUGUGGAAGAGUCUUUCCCCACCCUUUUCCGACUCUGUGCAGAGACAUUACAACAACACAGCAGACAUCCUGCUCAAGAACACUUGACCUUAUGUCAUCUCUCUAAUUAGAAGUUAGAAUCAGCAUCAUCGUCCAUGGGAGCACAGACUGGCCCAGCGCUGGCAUUUCCUCAGGGAAGAGGCUGCUGGUGAGGCUCUGGCUCUGAUUUAUCCUCAGAUUUAUACUAUCCAGAGCAGCCCUUGGAUGAGAAGUAGUUAAAGAUUCCAGAUCUCCCAUUCCUACCACGCACCCCUUAUAGCAGGCAGCACGCAGGCUUUGCCAGCCAUCAGUCAAAGACUCUAAUCUUACAGACUUUUUUUAAUACUGCAUUUCCUUAUUAUUAUUUCUCCCACCUUUUGGUUCCCAGUGCUGCCACAAACCCCCUCUUUACUUAGGCAGGGGGGUUGUGAAGGAAACUGUGUGAAAAACGCUAUCCUAGAGAGAAAUUCUGCCUUGGAGAAAUACUUUCUUCCCCUAACUAGGACAGCAUGUGACGAUGCUGAAAGGAAACCUCAGUAAUUACACUGCACUGAAGGCUCUGGUUAUGGGUUUGGGAGUUUUCCCUGAUGCUGCAGCUGGACUGUGCCCUGCUCAGGCCCACACAAAGACUCUUGCACGAAUGUACAACCCAUAUGUUGACUUUCAGUAGUGUAAGGCAGGGAAGUCUGCAUUUCAUCCUGCAGAGAACGAGCUGCUUUUCCUUCUGCCCUCUGCUGCCUCUUCCUGCUGCUCCAACACCAUCUUCUUGCUUAGCUCUAACCCUCAGUGAUUUACCCUUUAUGCUUAGACCUGCUGGUUACACCAUCACGGGAAACUGGUGGGGGUUGGGAUUGUCUGGUCCAGCCCCUGCUCCCUCAGGGCCACCCAGAGCUGGUUGCCCAGGACCGUGUCCAGAUGGCUUUGGGAUAUCUCCAAGGGUGGCAACUCCAACGCCUCCCUGGACAACCCAUGCCUGUGCUUGGUCACCCCCACAGUGAGAAGGUGUCCCUUGCUCUCAGGCAGGGUUUGAUGUGUUUCAGUUCAUGCCCCUUGUCCCUGUGUAGUGCAGAGCUCGGCGACACGGUAACUCAGAUCUCCUCAGUGAUUGUGAGCAUUAGCAGUCCUGUGUCAUCUCUGCUCCUGUUCCCCCUCCUCAGGGACUGUUCAGCAGCUCCUUUGCCUUUUGGGGGCUGAAGCCUUGCUUAGGGAGGUGCCUGUGCAUUGACUCAGAUCCCUGACCUGCUCCUUGGUCCUUCUCUGGACUUGGUAGCAGAGAGCACUUUCUCUCCAGCCUCACUCCUGCCUGUGCUGAGCUCACAGUGGGAGCUCUGGGAGCUUGGGCAGCAGAACCCCAAAGCUGGCAGUGUCCAGGUCUGCAGGGUCUGCACGUGUGGAGCCCUGGGGCUCUGCAGGGUGAGUGUGCUGUGCACUCACAGGGGAUGGGUCUGGAUCUCAGCUGAUCCUCCAUGUGACAGGAGGCCACAGGGCUUUGCAGCUGCAUCGGGAGUUUUGGGUGCAGGAUAAACACGUUCAGAGCAAUCCAGGCCUCACGUGGGCAGCUGAUCUGCGUUCCUGGAUGAGAGCAGAGUGCCCACCGCCUUUGCCUCUGGCUCACCAGUUUGCAUUAGGAGUUGCUGCUAGUCUGUCACCUUUGGCUCCAGUCCUUAUCCACACCUGGACUUCAAACCAGGAAUGCUCAGACUCUGCGUUUACCAUCUCAGCAAGCUGAAUAUGAGGAGUGUUCCUGCACUGAUGAGUGCUGCAGGUGACAGAACACACCCCCUGUGUUCCCAGGCAGGUGCUGGGGCUGGGAGCAGUGCAGGUGUUUGGGGGAAGCUGCAGAACCCAGGGCCAGCUCGGGGCAGAGAGAGGCUGCAGCUCCUCUCCCAUCCACUGUGUUAUUUAACAUCUGGCACUGGGGAAGUUUGUGAGAACUUCACAGCUCUUGUAACCAAUCCUCCUCACAGGGUUUUCUGGUUUUAAGUAAAGUAUUAUAAAAGA